GUAUUUCUGAGCUGACUGAGAAAUGGCAGCUUCUCAGUGCAGAUAUCAGCUGUAACAGGACGUACGACUCAGAGAUUUCUCAUCACACAGACACACAGAAGCCAUCAUGUCCACACUGGUCAUCAGGCAGCCUCAGCCUGUGAUGGAGGCCCGAGACUCUGAUGAGUGGGGAUCUGGGAUAUGUGACUGCUGUGACAAUGUGCCCGAGUGUUGUUUUGCUUUCUGGUGCUGUCCCUGCUUUGCCUGUAAAACUACCAGGGACUAUGGCCAGUGUCUCUGUCUCCCCCUGCUGGACAUCUUCGGCUGCAUCCCGCCCAUCACCAUGUCCAUGAGGGUCUCCAUGCGGCAGCGCUACGGCAUCAAAGACACCAUGUGUAACGACUGCUUGUAUGCGACCUGCUGUACACCCUGCACCUGGUGUCAGAUGUCCAGAGAGAUGAGGAGAAGAAACAUCCAAAUCGUCCUAGUCAGCGCCAAGAACACAUGACCUCCUCGCUCAUCAUCACCACCAGGGUUGUCACGUAUAACAUGUUAGUAACAGCCGAAGCAGGUUGUGUUUUAUUGAAAUAUCUACACUGUAGACUGAAGCCCUUUGAGAAAGACUAGUGAUUUAAAAAAAACCCUAAAGAGCUCAUGUUACUGACUGAAAGUGUCUCUAGCUACAAAUGUGUACUACUUUAAAUAUGUUAACUAAGACGGUUAACUUAAUAACCCUCCGGCAUCAUAAAAGGUUUUACAAAAUGAACGAAAUCAGGUUUAUUUAUUUAUUUUUUUAUUAUGACCCGAGUCUUUCCCUUUUUAUUUUUAAUACUCUUACUUUAACAAAAAAAUAAUAUCUGAUCCUGGUUACACGUAGAAGUAACUGUCCAAUGACUUAUAGGCAACUGUUCUUGAUUUAUUAACUAAUGAAUUCAGUUUAAGAUGUAAUUUUGUUUGUUUUAAUUUUUGGUUAUUCUUAAUUCUUUCUUUUUUUAUUGGGAUCCCCAUUAGCACCAGCAUAAGCCGAAUGCAAACAAAAUUCAACUUUAAAUAAUCGUUACAUAGAAAUAUAGAGUGCAGCAAUUUACAGUUUUAUUUUCGCUUUAUGUACAGUAUAUAUGCACAUUCACUUUUGAAAAAUCUGCUUUUAGUUCAUGUCUGCUUAACAAUUUGGUUUUCAUUAAUUAUUGAUUUGUCAAUAAAACUAAUUAAAUGAA